AUGACAGAGAACCUAGACGAAAAAGAAAUCAAUGAAUCAUUUGACAUUAAGCUUGAUCCUCAAGAGGAACAAAUAUUAAAGGAUCAGAUUAAUAUUAUUAAAAGAAAUAUAUCAUAUAUUUCUUUAUACAGAUUCGCUACAAAAGUUGACUGGAUAAUUAUGUUUAUUGGAUUGGUUUUUUCAGCACUUGCAGGAGCUGCUACACCCGCAAUAGCAACAUUGUUUGGAAUAAUGAUCGAUUAUUAUACCAAUUAUCAAAAUCACGAGACAAGCACUCAGCAGUUUUCCAAAGAAGUAGAUGACUUUUCACUAGUAUUUGUAUACUUUUCAAUUGGAAUUUUUGUUGCUACGUAUAUAUCUGUUGCUGCUUGGGUAUAUACUGGUGAAAAAAUCACGCGACAAAUUCGUGAACAAUACCUUCGUGCAAUUCUUAGACAAAACAUAGCUUAUUUUGAUAAAUAUGGUCCAGGUGAAGUUACUACUCGCAUUACUUCUGAUACACAUUUGAUACAAGAUGGUAUUAGUGAAAAAGUUUCUCUCUCUUUUCAAUAUAUUACACAAUUCAUUUCAGCGUUUAUUAUCGCAUUUGCUACAAAUUGGAAAAUGUCUCUUGUGAUAUCCUUCCUUAUCCCUUUUUUUGCUAUCAAUAGUGGUUUGAUGAAUAAAUUUGGAGCAAUUUUUUCAAAAAGAGGGUUGGAAUCCCAAUCUCGUGCCGGAAUAAUCGCCGAAGAAGCUAUAUCAAUGAUCAGAACUGCGGUGGCUUUUGGUGCUCAAACCAAACUUUCUAACCUUUAUGAUACUUUUUUAAGUGAUGCAAAAAAAGAAGGUCUUAAAAAAUCUUGGGUGAUUGGUAUUUCUCUUGGAAUAAUGUUCUUUGUAAUUUAUUCAACUUAUGCAUUGGCCUUCUGGUUCGGUUCUACGUUGAUUCUUAAUCAUGAAAUGACUUCCGGACAGGUUGCUAAUGUAUUCUUUUCAAUUAUAAUUGGAUCUAUGGGUCUUUCUCAUUUUUUUGUUGAUCUUCAAGCUCUUAGUCUUGCUGUUGGAGCUGGUUCAAAAGUUUUUGAAACUAUUGAUCGUAUUCCCCCGAUAGAUACUGCUUCUGAUUCUGGUGAUAAACUUGAAAAUGUUGAAGGUCAUAUACAAUUUAAGAAUAUAAAUUUCAUUUAUCCAACUCGUCCUGAUGUUAAAAUUUUAAAUGAUAUAUCAUUGAACGUUGAACCUGGUUCUACUGUUGCACUCGUUGGUUCUUCAGGUUCUGGUAAAAGUACGAUUGUAUCUCUCAUACUUCGUUUCUAUGACCCUAUAUCUGGUGGUAUAUUUAUUGAUGGAUAUGAUGUUAAAUCACUUAAUUUAACUUGGCUUAGAAGACAAAUAAGUCUUGUAAGUCAAGAACCUAUACUUUUUAAUACUACUAUAAAUGACAAUGUAUCUUAUGGAUUAAUUGGUACUAUUUAUGAAAAUUUACCUGAUAGCGAGAAACGUGUAAUGGUUGAAAAUGCUUGCAAGAUGGCCAAUGCUCAUGAUUUUAUUAUGUACCUUCCUGAUAAAUAUGAAACUAUGGUUGGUGAAUGUGGAAUAUUAUUAUCUGGUGGUCAAAAACAACGUAUUGCAAUUGCUCGUGCUAUUAUUAAAGAUCCAAAAAUUUUAUUACUUGAUGAAGCUACUAGUGCUCUUGAUACAAAAAGUGAGGGAAUAGUACAAAAUGCGUUAGAGAAAGCUUCAAAGGGUCGUACAACGAUAGUUAUUGCGCAUCGUUUAUCCACUAUUCGUAAUGCGAAUAAGAUUAUUGUGAUGAAUAAAGGAGUUAUUAUGGAAUCAGGUACACACAAAGAGCUCAUGGAUAAAAAUGGGUUUUAUUCUAAACUUGUUGAAACUCAACAAGUUCAACAGACUUCAGAGGAUGAAGAAACCCUUAAUAUAUCGGAUUCGUUUAUAAUUCCGUCGAAAGAUGAUGCUUCUAUAUCAUUUACUCUCAAGGACAAUGAAAAUCAGAUUAUUUCAGCCAAGCAAAAAUCUGAUACUGAAAUGGGAUUGAAACAUAAUGAUUGUCAUUACACUUGUUGGGAAUUGGUAAAGAAGAUAGCAUUCAUCAAUGGACCUGAAUCUCUUCUGCUUACUAUGGGUAUACUAGCAUCAACUAUUUACGGCUGCAUUUUCUCGAUGUAUACUAUUAGCUUUGGUAAUAUUAUUGAUGCACUUUCAAAAACUGGAGAUACUUUACGUCAAGAAGCAAAUUUCUGGUCUCUUAUGUUUUUUAUAUUUGCUAUUCUAGUCUUUUUUUUGAAUAUUAUUCAAUCUGUUACUCUUGGAUUUUCGAGUGAAAAGCUUACAGAACGAAUUCGGUCAAUGUCUUUUGCAUCUAUUUUACGACAAGAUAUUUCCUUCUUUGAUGAAGAAUGUAAUAGUGUAGGUGCUUUGACUAGUCGAUUAUCGUUAGAUGUAACCCAUCUUAAUGGUUUUGCUGGUUCUACACUUGGAAAUAUGUUACAUGUAAUGGCUACAAUCUUUGCUUCUACCAUAGUGGCACUUGUAUUUAGUUGGAAACUCACUUUGGUCUGCUUAUGUAGUGUGCCUUUAGUAAUUAGUUCUACUUCAUUACGUCUAAAAAUGAUGGACGGUUUCCAGAAAAAAACCAAGAAAGCCUAUGAAAAUUCCGCACAAUUAGCUUGUGAAAGUGCUAGUAAUAUUCGAACAGUCGCUGCUCUUACUCGUGAAAAUGAUAUAUGGAAAACAUAUCAUAAUUUAUUAGAUGAACCCAUGCGUCAAGGUUUUAAAAAUGCAUACUUGGCCUCCAUUAUUUUUGCUUUCGCACAAAGUAUAAAUUUUUUAGUAAAUGCUUUAACAUUUUGGUAUGGUAGUAAAUUAUUUAUUGACGGUGAAUAUGAUCUUAAGAGAAUGUUUAUAGUUUAUUCGGCCAUCAUAAUUGGAUCACAGAAUGCUGGUCGUGCCUUUGUUUAUGUACCAGAUAUAACGAAAGCAAAAUCCGCAUCAACCACCAUAAUAUCAUUAUUAGAACGUGUUCCUAUAAUUGAUACAUGGAAUAAAGGUGGUGAAAAAGUUGAAACAGUCAAUGGUCACCUUAAAUUCAAUAAUAUUCAUUUUCGUUAUCCGACUCGACCUGAUGUUCCAGUUCUCCGAGGUUUAGAUUUAGAAAUUAAGCCUGGUCAAUAUGCAGCAUUAGUUGGUCAAUCAGGUUGUGGUAAAAGUACCACAAUAAGUCUUACUGAAAGAUUUUAUCAAUUGACGAAUGGUACAAUUACAAUUGAUGGAAUUGAUAUUGCUAAAAUGAAUGUGAAUAAUCUUCGAGAACAUAUUUCACUUGUAAGUCAAGAACCAUCAUUAUAUGAUAUGACUAUAAAAGAAAAUAUUCUUUUUGGUUGUCGACCAGGACAAAAUAUUACUCAAAAUGAUAUAGAAAAUGCAUGUAUAGAAGCCAAUAUUCAUAAAUUUAUUGUCGGUUUACCCGAGGGAUAUGAUACUCGUGUUGGUAGAAAAGGAACACAACUUUCAGGUGGUCAAAAGCAACGAAUUGCCAUUGCUAGAGCACUUAUUCGAAAUCCAAAAAUUUUAUUACUUGAUGAAGCAACAUCGGCCUUAGAUUCUGAAUCAGAAAAGGUUGUACAAGAAGCACUUGAUGCAGCAGCUCAUGGAAGAACAACCUUAGCAAUUGCACAUAGAUUAUCAACAAUUCAACAUGCAGAUGUCAUAUAUGUUAUAAAAGAUGGUAAAGUUCAUGAACAAGGUACACAUCAAGAACUAUUACAACUUAAAGGAACUUAUUAUGCGAUGGUACAAGAACAAAACUUGGGAGAAUCGAAUUCAUAA